AUGUUCGCCAAAUUCGCCAACCUCUCCUCCGUCAAUCGUAUGCCUGGUUUAAAAUCAGGAGGAACCACUGGCACUGCUGGUAGUGUAGCCAGCGGAUCCUCGGGAAAAUGGCACUUGACUUUGGCGCGUUCAGGCAUCGUUGUCGAAACCGGCUUUAUCCUCCUCGCGACCUUCUUGUAUGCCAAGGUCUGCGCAGUUGGGCCUCCCUCGAAAGUUGUUCCUAGGAUGAAAUCCCUCCGCAUCACCACAAUCUCCGAACCAUCGUCCAACAACGCUCUCUCAUCCACCUUUGCUGCCACCCUCACAGCCACCUCCCGCAAUGGCGUACAAUAUUCGAGCGGAAUAGACUGGACACUCAUUGUAGCAGCAGUCGCAUUGACUGUAACCAUGGUCCCUUUUUCUUCACCAGCCUUCUGCUUCUCCAACUCCUUUGCUUUUCCUCUCGUCAUUGCAAAUGCUUCUGCCUCUCUCAGCUCCUCAAAAACCUCCAUCAAUGCAAUCUCAUCCUCCUCCUCACCUUUGCACUCACUAUCAUAA